AUGUAUGGAUAUUCACCUGUGUCGUGUGAACUCUUGACCUCCUCAUUCCUGAAGCAGGCUUUUGAAGGAGAAUAUCCCAAAUUGCUGCAACUUUACAAUGAGCUGUGGCGCCGCCUGCAGCAGUAUAACACUUGUCUGCAGGGCUCCUGGACCAGCAGUGGAGGCUUGGAUUCUGCUCUGGAUAUCACUACUGCAGAAAUAGACAGCCUGGACCUUUUCACACAGGGCAAACAGGACUACAACCCAGAAAAAGCUCUGAAAGACUCUCUUCAGUCGUAUGAGGCUGCCUACCUUUCCAAGUCCCUGUCACGCUUGUUUGAUCCCAUCAACCUUGUAUUUCCCGUGGGGGGUCGCAAUCCACCCUCCAAUGAUGAACUAGAGAGCAUCAUUAAGACCAUCAACAGUGAGCUGAACGUAGCGUUGGUCGAUCCAAACCUCUCUCUGGCUGUAGCCAAGAAUGCUGCCAAAACCAUCCAGCUCUUCUGCGUCAAGUCUGAACAACUGCUGUGCACUCAGGGGGAGGGCAGCCAGGUGAUCGGUCCGUUAACAGAGGGCCAAAGAAGAAAUAUUGCUGUGGUCAACUCUUUGUAUCGCCUGCAACAAGCUGCAACCAAGGGAGUGCAGGCGUUGAUGAGUAACGCAGUACAGCCUCUUAUUCAAUCUGUCAGCGACUCUAUCGAAGCCAUUAUCAUCACGCUGCACCAGGAAGACUUCUCAGGGCCUGUGUCCAGCCCUGAGAAACCAGACACCCCGUGCUCCCUAUAUAUGAAGGAGCUGCAGGGUUUCAUCUCCAGAGUCAUGACCGACUAUUUCAGACAGUUUCAGUGUGCGGACUUCAUCUAUGACAGGACUGAGUUUAUCGCCCAGAGAGCCAUUGAGCUGUUCCUUCGCCACACCAGCCUGCUGCGACCGUUGGGAGAAGGUGGAAAGAUGAGGCUGGCUGCUGACUUUGCUCAGAUGGAAAUGGCCGUGGCUCCUCUAUGCAGGAGAGUGUCUGAUUUGGGGAAACCCUACAGGAUGCUGCGCUCUUUGAGGCCUCUGCUAUUUCAAACCAGUGAGCUGAUUGCCAACUCUCCAGCUGUUGGUGACCCAAUACCCUACAGCACCAUGCUCCACUUUCUGUUCUCCAGAGCCCCGCCAGAACUCAAGUCUCCUUACCAG